AUGUCAGCCGUCAGCGCGCGUCGAUCAAACGGCAGCGUGAGAGGCAUCAGCAAUCGAACCAGCCGCCCGGUCGCCCACUUCCCCGACGACCUCCAAAACGGACUGCCAGACCGAGUGAACGGCCACGACCAGUCGUCCGACAGCAGCAGCACCUCUUCUUCUCCCAGCACAACCAACGGCACCAAGUCGCAACGCCCAGCCAUGUCUCGCAAGGCUUCAUCCCCUAUGGCCCCCGCCUUCAUGGUGUCCGCGCCGGGCAAGGUCAUUGUCUUCGGCGAACACGCCGUCGUCCACGGCAAGGCUGCUCUGGCGGCUGCCAUCUCCCUCCGAUCCUACCUCCUCGUCACCACUCUCUCCAAAUCGCAGCGCACUGUGACGUUGAAUUUCCGGGACCUGGGUCUCAGCCACACUUGGGACAUUGACUCCCUCCCCUGGGACGUGUUCCAGCAACCGUCCAAAAAGAAGUUCUACUACGACCUCGUCACGGAGCUCGACCCCGAGCUCGUCGAAGCCAUUCAACCCCACCUGGAGGGUAUUUCCAAGGGCACACCUGAUGAACAGCGCCAAAUCCACAUCCGCUCCGCCUCCUCGUUCCUCUACCUCUUCCUCUCUCUGGGCUCCCCGCAAAGCCCAGGCGCCAUCUACACCCUCCGCUCUCUCAUUCCAACGGGGGCCGGUCUGGGCAGCAGCGCCAGUGUCUGCGUCUGCCUGAGUGCCGCGCUCCUGCUCCAGAUUCGCACGCUGGCGGGCCCCCACCCCGACCAGCCCAGCGAGGAGGCUGAGACCCAAAUCGAGCGCAUCAACCGCUGGGCGUUCGUUGGCGAGCUCUGCAUCCAUGGCAACCCGAGUGGAGUGGACAACACGGUCGCCGCGGGCGGCAAGGCCGUGAUUUUUAAGCGCUCGGACUAUUCGAAGCCCCCCACCGUUAUCUCCCUCCCCAAUUUCCCCGAAUUGCCCCUCCUCCUAGUCGACACGCGGCAGUCGCGCUCCACCCUUACGGAGGUUGCCAAGGUCGGCGAGCUCAAGAAGGCUCAUCCCAUCGUCACCGAGUCGAUUCUCGACGCCAUUGACCAUGUCACCUGCUCGGCGCAGCGGCUGCUCGAGGACCCCACCUUCGAGGGCAGCUCCGAGAGCACCCUGUCACACUUCGGCACUCUGAUUCGCAUUAACCACGGCUUCCUUGUCUCACUGGGCGUCUCGCACCCGCGCCUGGAACGCAUCCGCGAGCUCGUUGAUUACGCCGACAUUGGCUGGACGAAAUUGACGGGUGCCGGUGGCGGUGGCUGCGCGAUUACCCUCCUUCGCCCGGACGCCAAACCCGAGGUUGUUCGCGACCUGGAGCAGAAACUCGCUACUGAGGGCUUCACCAAGUACGAGUCCACCCUCGGCGGUGAUGGCGUGGGUGUUCUGUGGCCCGCCGUGCUGCGCAGCGGGUCAGACGAGGAGGGCGGCGUGGAGAUUGACCAGCAGAAGUUCGAGGAAGCAGAGGGCCACGAGGGCAUCGAGCGGCUCGUGGGCGUGGCCUCGAACGAGAAGCGCGAGGGCUGGAAGUUCUGGAAACGUGCUGGCCAAUGA